AUGGCCAAAGCUAGUCUGCGCUCGACGACUAUGCUGGGCGUGUCGCUCGUGGCUCUCCUCCUCCUGAUCGCCGUCCAAGAGGCCGCCCCCGGAGUAAUCAACUACGAUGCCAUGCGCGCCGACCACAUCCCCGGCAAGUCGGAGCUUGUCCACCCCGGUGCCACCGCCAACAAGUACACGCCAGGGUGUGGUUCGCUCGCCGGUUGCAGGGAUGGGAACGCCAAGCCAUCUGAGCCUAUGUAG